ACCAAAUGUGUUCAUCCGCUGCUUCCUUUUCCCUUUCAGGGAGUACUGCUGUCCAUCAGGAGAAGUAAUUAAUGGGUUUAUUAUGGAUGAAAGCGUCAUCCCAUCAGUGUGCUGUCUGAUUUGAAUAGCUCAUAGCAGCUCUUCAUUCAUGCCAAGUAUGCUCACUGUCCAGAGAUAUUGUAAAGCUGUACUUCUUUGGGGAUUUUUCCCUCCUGUGCAAUAACAGUGGACCAGAAGUAUGUUACAGAAGCACCAGGAGGACAGAAGAAGAAAUCGCUUCAUCCUCUACAGAAAAAAAGCUAAACGGACCAAAAAGUUGGUAAAGGGAAAAACAAGGAAAGCAAGAGAGUACAAGAGAACAUCCAUGCUUCUAGUCCAGGUAAUUUCUUAAAGCAACUUGAUUUGGGAGCGUGUGUAAUUCUGAAAUAUGGACAGAACUUUUCCAGGAGGUAAAACAGCUAUAGGAAGAACCCGGAUUUCUCAUUGCUGAGACAUUCAAUGAAUUUUUAAUAAGUUCUGAACACUCAAGUUGUCCAUGGUCAGAUCAACUGCUGUUGUCAGGGGAAAAAUGCAAAAUUCACCCUCUCUUUCUAUAAUCCUAUCCAAAUGGAAUCUUCAUCUGUUGCGUGCUGUCCUAACUAAUGCUACAGGAUUACCAAUAAUACAGAUAUAAAGACACUGCAAGAAAUCACAGUGCUAAAAAAACGACAGGAAGUAAAGAAGGCAUUUCAGGUAUCGAAGCUUACUAUUUCCAACAGGAAUUCAAAUUACUGAGCUUCAAACAAACCACUGCCAGAUACUACCUGAGAAGAGGUGAGAUAGAAAAGAGAACAGACUAGAACCUGACUCACUCCUAAUGUAAAUUCUUGCACCAGGAUGGAAGGAGACUCUUACCACAAUGCAACCAUUGUCAAUGGCACCCCCGUAAAUCACCAGCCUCUGGAACGCCAUGGACUGUGGGAAGUCAUCACCAUCGCCGCUGUGACCGCCGUGGUAAGCCUGAUCACCAUUGUGGGCAACGUGUUAGUCAUGCUCUCCUUCAAAAUCAACAGCCAGCUGAAGACAGUUAAUAACUACUACCUGCUCAGCUUAGCCUGUGCAGACCUCAUCAUUGGGGUCUUCUCCAUGAACCUCUACACUACCUACAUCCUCAUGGGGCGCUGGGCUCUGGGCAGUCUGGCUUGUGACCUUUGGCUGGCACUGGACUAUGUAGCCAGCAAUGCUUCGGUCAUGAACCUUCUGGUGAUCAGUUUUGACCGUUACUUUUCUAUCACAAGACCCCUUACGUAUCGGGCCAAGCGGACCCCAAAGAGGGCCGGCAUCAUGAUUGGCUUGGCCUGGCUGAUCUCCUUCAUCCUCUGGGCCCCCGCGAUCCUCUGCUGGCAGUAUUUGGUUGGGGAGCGUACGGUACCACCAGAUGAGUGCCAUAUCCAGUUCCUCUCUGAGCCCACCAUCACUUUUGGCACUGCCAUUGCCGCCUUCUACAUUCCUGUUUCUGUCAUGACGAUUCUCUACUGCCGAAUCUACCGGGAAACAGAGAAGCGCACCAAGGACCUUGCUGACCUCCAGGGCUCUGACUCUGUGGCUGAAACUGAGAAGAGAAAGCCAGCUCACAAGGCUCUGCUCAGGUCCUGCUUUAGCUGCCCUCGGCCCACACUGGCCCACAGGGAAAGAAACCAAGCUUCCUGGUCAUCCUCCCGCAGGAGCACCUCCACCACUGGGAAGCCAUCCCAAGCCACUGGCCCAAGCACCGAGUGGGACAAAGCUGAGCAGCUCACUACCUGCAGCAGCUACCCGUCCUCAGAGGACGAGGACAAGCCCACCACUGACCCUGUCUUCCAAGUGGUCUACAAGGCUCAGGCCCAGGAAAGCCCAAAGGAAGAACUCAGUGCUGAAGAGACCAAGGAAACUUUUGUGAAAGGCCAAACUGAAAAAAAUGACUACAAUACCCCAAAAUACUUCCUGUCUCCAGCUGCUGCUCAUAGACCCAAGAGACAGAAAUGUGUGGCCUAUAAGUUCCGAUUGGUGGUAAAAGCUGAUGGGACCCAGGAGACCAACAACGGCUGUCGCAAGGUGAAAAUCAUGCCCUGCUCCUCCCCAGUGUCUAAGGACCCUUCAACGAAAGGCCUCGAUCCCAACCUCAGCCAUCAAAUGACCAAACGAAAGAGAAUGGUUCUUAUUAAAGAGAGGAAAGCAGCCCAGACCUUGAGUGCCAUUCUCCUGGCCUUCAUUAUCACAUGGACCCCUUAUAACAUCAUGGUCCUCGUUUCUACCUUCUGCGACAAGUGUGUCCCAGUCACCCUGUGGCACUUAGGCUACUGGUUGUGCUAUGUCAAUAGCACUGUCAACCCCAUUUGCUAUGCACUCUGCAACAGAACCUUCAGGAAGACCUUUAAGAUGCUGCUUCUCUGCCGAUGGAAAAAGAAAAAAGUGGAAGAGAAGUUGUACUGGCAGGGGAACAGCAAGCUCCCCUGAAAAGUUAAUGACUCCCCUAGAAAGAAACUUCCUCUGAGCAUGGGCAAAUUAAUUCUGGAUUGUUUAUUUUCAAAACAGAUAUCUGUUAUUUUGAGUGCCUGAGGGCUUCGUAAAGGCUCCAGGUCUGUGGCCAAAGGGAAGGAGUCACAGCAGCCAUAACUGCUGCCAUAUUGGAUGAUACUUGUCUAUGACUAAGGUCACCCAAUGCCACUGGAGUGUGCCACUGAAGUAAAGAGACAGACUCGUGGCCCUUCACAAGAGGAGGCACGCUAGAUCAGAAUGAACAAUGACUGAGGGAGCUUUUGUCUAACCUUCUGUGGGGAACAGCAGGCACCAGCUGAAAACCUUCCCCUGUAGAAACCUGUCAGAGUUUUGUGCCAUACAUAUGUCUAUGACGUUGCCUCAUACCAGUGAGAACCAGAAGAAUGUAAGUCAGUGUCACCUGGUAACAGGAGUGAUAGUCAACUGGCUUCUAAGACUGCCUUUAUAAACUGAUCAGUAUUUAUUUACAAAGUAUUUAUUACACAGCUAUUGUGUGUUCUGUACUGCGGUAUGUUUUCCUGUCCCUACAUCUAAACAAAGCUCUUGCUCUUCCCUUUCACAACCAGUGCCCAUUCCUGGUACCCACUGGAACCAUGCUGGUCCCCCCAGAACCAUCCUUCCUCGCUGAAAGGUCUGGAAAGACACUGAGACCUGAUCACGCCCAGGCCUAGAGAGGGACUUCUGUUCUGCUAAUAAAGAUGAUCAAGUCUCUGCAGUCAGUUAUUUUAGUUUUUACCAGUGGGAAUUUUUUCCUUUUAUCUAAACAAAUAUUGUGUGUUCAAUUUGGUGUCCAUUUGCACCCAUUUAUUCAUGCUCUGUUCUUAAAAAGACUAGCUGUAAAAGGCCUUCCACUGGGUCAAGAUCUCCAGGCUAUUUCAUCAUGGUUCUCUGAAAUUGUUUUCAGAGAUCUUACCUUCUAAUCCCUUCGCAAGGCAAACCUGAGGCAAAAUACGGAAAACAAAUCUGGUUUCAUUUCAUGCUUUUGAACUUCUUCCAGGGCCCUUCAGCAGACCCCAAUUCACACCCAGCCCCAAGCAGGUUGCUGUGUAGCCUCCAGCCAAAAGUGAAGGGAAGAGCAGGAGAAAGGUUUUCUUUUUUUUUUUAUAUAGAUCCUGCAAUCAUGGCUCAGAAGUGACUUACUAAUUCAUUCCUAUCCACAGUCAUGGUCAAAAAUGAGUCCAAAAAAGUACAAUCGAGGUCCAGUGAAGCUGGCUAUGGGCGUUAAAAACAAAAAAAUCUUUAAAAACAGAAUGUAAGGUCACAAUAAUGUAUAAAAAUAAGUCACCAAUAUUACCUAUAUUAGAGUAUCAGGAUUAUUAAAAAUCAAAUUUAAUUGAAAUCUCUGUGUAUAUAAACAAACUGAAUCUAAGAUGUGUCUUGGAUAAUCCUGAAAAUUAAACCAAUAUGCAAGAAAUUGAAACUACACAAUAGCGCAUACACUUAAAAGAUCCACAAGGAAAGCAGCAGUGGAACACCCAAGGGGGGUUUAAAGAUGAAGCACUCCUGCCAGACAGAAACUCUUUAUUCAACAUGUUGAUUCCAUCCGCAGUUGUGCUUAAAAAUCUCCAGACUUCAUUUCACUUAAUACAGGCCAGUUCUGUUUCAGCCUCAUUCACUAAGAGGACGUAAAGACAGCUAGUUUAGUUGUCCUGGGAAUUGAGUAUGUACUCGAGUAUCAGAGACCUUCAACCUACCACUGAAAAGCCACUCAGCCUCAUCCACAAAGUCCCAAGAAGGCUUCAGGGCUUUCAGUAGAAACCCAAGACACUCUGCCAGCCCUACAGGGACUCGGUGUUGGGGUGACACAUCUUGGAAGCGAUAUAGCUGCUGAGCCUUUGUGAAGGGCAAGUUGACACCUGCCAAGAAUUUGGUAGAGAUUAGUCAUUAACUGGCUCAGUCCUCCAGGAAAGACUCCCAGGCCAACGAGAUGCCAACAGGGUGUGACUCCAUGAGCAAACCUGCUCCACCAACUCCACAUAAACAGUCGGUUCUCUUAGUUUAAGGCUUUGAUUCCUGAGAAAAAUUAAAAUCCCCCCAAGAGAACAGCACUUUGAAAAAAAAAAAAGAAAGAAAGAAAAAUAGAUAGCACUUUGAGCCCACACUGGGCAUUCAUUGUUCACAGAGAGAAACAAGCUAAUUCAAACAAAGAAUGCAGAACAGGUGGAGAAGCUGGGGGUUGGAGGUACACUUUUUGCUCCCCACAGUUGCCUAGGACUGAGCCUUUUUGUUCAUCAUCUGUGAAAUUAGUUGAGAGGCCUUUGCUUCCUUCCUUCUUUAUCGUUGGCUUUGGGAGGCUGCUAGUUUGGCACACUACCUAUGCCCUUUGACAUAGACGAAAAAAAAAAAAAUGCCCAAACUACUAGGGGAAACUGGCACAGGGCCUCCGGUAGAGUUGUCAGAACAAACACAUCCAACUAUAAACUACAGGGACACAACAGGUGGGUGGGGCAUGGGCUGACUGCAGAUCUCAAAUAUUUGCUGCCCCCAGUCUCCUAAGCUCUGUCCACGGUAAACUACAUACAGCCUUGACUAGCUACCUACAAUAGUAAAUGCUGCACUGUCGCUAACAUUGUGUUUCUCCUUGGCUGUGAUUUGAUGGCUCGUCGAGGGAUCUGUUUUCAGUACAAUUUUUGGUUCAAGCCUUUUUUCAAUAUUCCUGGUCUCUGCUUUGCUCGUUUGGUGACUGUCCUUUGAGGGUAAUAACGAUGUUCCGCUCUUUGUAAUUGUGAAAUCUGUAUCUAAUCUCUGGAUUUGAAUAUCCAGGCGUCUACUGUAAAUACUGGGAUCACAGCAAAGGAUGUGGAGGCUGGGCUGCUUUUCUGUAUCAUACGAGCUUUAUUCUGGAUAUUAAAGAAAUUUAAUCACACAGUAGUCCAAUGUAAAACAUAUAAAUAAGAAAAUGGUCUCAGGUUACCCCGCUAGGUCCAUCUGUAUUAGAGAUCCCACACGCAUUUGCAUGGCCUGGCCUUUUAAGAAGAAAGGAGUUAAUCCACAAUAUAGAUCAGGGGUCGGCAAACUGCGGCUCACGAGCCACAUGCAGCUCUUUGGGUACG